GGGUUUUCCCGCCGCCGCCUCCGCCCUCCUCUCCCCGGAGCAGGCAUGGCCUAAGAAGGAGCCCGGCGGGAUGUGGCAGCGGGCGGAGGAGCAGCCGGAGAGCUUCCAGCUCCGGCAGGAGAACGAGCUGCAGGUGCUGGAGUCCAUCUACGGGCAGGACUUCCAGGACCUGCGCCUCGGGCAGCCCUGGAAGGUACGACAGUCUCCGGAAAUCAAUCUGGUUUUGCGACCUCAGGGCUUGACGGGUGACCAUGAAGUUUAUGCCAAAGUUGACUUGUGGGUCAAGUGUCCACAAAUGUACCCUGAUAUUGUUCCAGAAAUUGAACUUAAAAAUGCCAAGGGUUUGUCAAACGAAAACAUCAACUUGUUAAAAUCCCAACUGGAAGAAUUAGCAAAAGAACGUUGUGGAGAGGUGAUGAUAUUUGAGCUAGCAGCUUAUACACAGUCAUUCCUCAGUGACUACAAUAAACCACCAUUAAAAUCUUUCCAUGAAGAAAUGCUGAAGAAUCAACAAAAGGAACAAGAAAGGCUCGCUCAGGAAGAACAGCAGCGAAUCCAAGACCUUAAGAGGAAAGAAGAGCAGAUGCAACGUGAAAUACUUGAUGAGAUUCAGAGAAGGGAAGAAGAAAAGAAGGAAGAAAGAAAAAGGAAAGAAAUAGCAAAACAGGAGCGUUUGGAAAGUGCUGUGUUGACAAGCCAGGAUAUUUCUGCUGGUCGAGAUGGUACAGGGAACAAAAUUACUUCCAAUGGUGGUGCUAUGGAGCAUGCCGGGAACAAUAAAUAUCGUGCACAUUCCACAGGGCGAUCAAAAAGAGAGCGCCAGCAUUCUGCUGGCAGCAGUGAAGAUUCCCUAGGAACAUGUGAAAUUCUACAUUUCAAUACUAGUGCCACUGGUCAGCUUAAAGUACACAAAGGAAAGUGUAUAGACAAGGAUGAGCAACUUGGAAAAUCAGUCUACAAUGCUUUGGAGACAUGUACUGGCAACUUUGUCCUUGUGUAUGAAUGGGUACUUCAGUGGCAAAAGAAAAUGGGAAAAUUUCUUACAAGUCAAGAAAAGGAAAAGAUUGAAAAAUGCAAAAAACAGAUUCAGGGGGCAGAGGCAGAAUUUAACUCUUUGAUGAAGUUAAGCCACCCCAACAUAGUCCGUUACUUAUCGAUGAACUUUAAAGAGCACAGGGACUCGAUUGUGGUAGACAUUUUGGUGGAACAUAUUAGUGGAUCCAGCCUUUCAGUGUAUUUGGAGAAAGAGAUCCCCCUUCCCAUGGAUCAACUGCGCAAUUACACAACACAGCUUCUAUCAGCCCUUGACUAUCUGCACAACAAUUCCGUGGUGCACAAGGUCCUGAGUGUGUCCAGCAUAUCGGUGGAUGCAGAAGGCAAUCUCAAACUGACGGACUACAGCAUUUCCAAACGCUUGGCAGAUAUCUGUAAGGAAGAUGUCUUUGAACAAACAAAAGUUCGAUUCAGUGAAGAUGCCUUGCCAAACAAACCAGGGAAAAAGGGAGAUAUCUGGCGAUUGGGUUUGAUGCUGCUUGCUCUCAGUCAGGGACAAGAAGUUAAGGAAUAUCCGGUCACGAUUCCGAAUGAUUUGCCGGCUGAUUUUCAAGACUUUUUGAAAAAGUGUGUUUCCUUGGAUGAUAAAGAAAGAUGGAGCACCCAGCAAUUAUUACAACACAAAUUUGUCAACCUGCCACAAAUGAAAAUGCCUACAAUGGAAGAAAGUCCAGAUGAUUCCACUGGAAUAGAUGAUAUUGAAACUGUUAUUCCCAGCAGUCAGAUUGUUAGCAACAUCUUUGUCACAGAAUUACAGAGGCAAUUUUCACGUUAUUACAAUGAGUUUGAAGAAUUGCAACUGCUGGGUAAAGGCGCCUUUGGAGCUGUCAUCAAGGUCCAGAACAAACUGGAUGGCUGCUGUUAUGCGGUAAAGCGAAUUCACAUAAAUCCCACAAGCAAACAGUUUCGAAGAAUCAAAGGGGAAGUGACGCUCUUGUCACGUCUGAACCAUGAGAAUAUUGUGCGGUAUUACAAUGCAUGGAUAGAGAAACAUGAGAGGCCUUUGCUUGACACUUCAGCAUCAGAAAGCUCAGAAGGGAAAAAAGUGGCUGAGAAGCUGGCUGAAAAUGGGAAGGUUGAAGAAGGGUCGAUAGAUGACAUUGUAGCAAAUGCCCCUCCUCCAGUUCUGACCAGUUCAGUUGAGUGGAGCACCUCUUGCGAGAGAUCGUCAAGUGCCAGGUUCAGUGGAGCGGAUCAGGAAUCCAGCGAUGAUGAAGACGAUGAUGAAGAAGGCGGAGGAGUGUUUUCACAAUCAUUCUUGCCAGCAGCAGACUCUGAAAGUGAUAUCAUUUUCGAUCAUGAAGAAGACAACAGCAAAAAUCAUACAACGGAUGAAGACUGCAAGGGAAAGGAUAGCCAUAGUGAAGGAAAUGGAACAGCAGAGGUUCAAACCUUGCAUUAUCUCUACAUUCAGAUGGAAUAUUGUGAAAAGAGUACUUUGAGAGACACCAUUGAUCAAGGCUUGUAUGAAGACACCAGUCGCCUUUGGAGGCUUUUUCGGGAAAUUCUGGAUGGAUUAGCCUAUAUUCAUGAAAAGGGUAUGAUUCACCGAGAUCUGAAACCUGUCAACAUUUUUUUAGAUUCUGAAGAUCAUGUGAAAAUUGGUGACUUUGGUUUGGCUACAGAUCACCCAGCAUAUGCGGCAGACACUAAACAAGAAGGAGCUUCAGAUGAUCUUUUGGGUAACAGUGAUCCUUCUGGUAACUUAACAGGAAUGGUUGGCACAGCUCUUUAUGUGAGCCCAGAAGUCCAAGGAAAUACUAAAUCGACUUAUAAUCAGAAAGUGGACCUCUUCAGUUUGGGGAUAAUAUUCUUUGAGAUGUCCUACCAUCCAUUGGCCACUGCAUCUGAAAGGAUCUUUGUCCUCAGUCAGUUAAGGAAUCCUUUUAUUGAAUUUCCAAAAGACUUCGAUGAAGUGAAAAACGCAAAGCAGAAACUGGUUAUUACCUGGCUGUUGAACCAUGAUCCCUCAAAACGACCAACUGCUAUGGAGCUUUUAAAAAGUGAACAUCUUCCACCUCCUCAGAUGGAGGAGUCUGAGCUUCAUGAAGUACUUCAUCACACUUUAGCAAAUGUGGAUGGAAAAGCUUACCGGACAAUGAUGGGCCACAUAUUCUCACAGCGAAUCUCUCCUGCAAUAGAUUAUACAUAUGACAGUGAUAUCCUCAAGGGUAGCUUUCCAGUUCGGACAACCAAGAUUCAACAGCAUGUGUGUGAGACCAUCAGCCGGAUUUUUAAAAGACAUGGGGCCAUCAAGCUGCACACACCUUUACUAAUGCCUAGGAACAGAAAACUGUAUGAACACAGUGAAGUUUCAUAUUUGAUGGAUCACAGUGGCAUGCUAGUGAUGCUUCCUUAUGAUCUUAGAAUUCCCUUUGCAAGAUUUGUAGCUAGAAAUAACAUAACAAACAUAAAAAGAUAUUGCAUCGAGAGGGUUUUCAGGCCUCGGAAAUUAGACCGAUGUCAUCCUCGAGAGCUCUUAGAAUGUGCAUUUGAUAUCAUCACUCCUGCUGGCAACAGUUUUUUACCCAUUGCGGAAACAAUCUACACAAUUUCUGAAAUAAUCCAAGAAUUUCCUGUGUUGCAGGAAAGAAAUUACAGUAUUUUCUUGAAUCACACUGCCUUACUGAAAGCUAUCCUUGUGUAUUGUGGAAUCCCUGAAGAUAAACUCAAUCAGGUUUACACCAUUCUUUAUGAUGCUGUGACCGAGAAGCUAACUAAAAGAGAAGUGGAAGCUAAAUUCUGCAAUAUUUCUUUGUCAUCCAAUAGUCUUGUUCGACUCUACAGAUUUAUUGAGCAAAAAGGAGAACUGCAGGAUCUAACCCCACUAUUUAACACAAUGUUAAAGCAGAAAACAGGAGUCACCGCGUUGGUAAAACUGGGCAUGAAAGAGCUAGAAGAAACAGUGGGUUUAUUAAAGAAGUUUGGCAUAAAGUUACAGGUAUCAAUAAACCUGGGACUGGUUUAUAAAAUACAGCAGCACAAUGGUAUUAUAUUUCAAUUUAUUGCCUAUAUUAAACGCCGACAAAGGAUGGUAACUGACAUUCUUGCUGCUGGUGGCAGAUACGAUCAUCUAAUUCCACAGUUCAGAGGCCCCCAAGCCGUUGGUCCAGUGCCUUCAGCUGUUGGUGUCAGCAUAGCUAUAGACAGAAUUAGUUCAGCCGUUUUGAAUAUGGAAGAACCUGUUACAGUGAGCUCUUGUGAUCUGUUGGUUGUUAGUGUUGGUCAGACAUCAAUGGCAAGAGCUAUUAACAUUGUCCAGAAACUCUGGGCGGCAGGAGUGGCUGCUGAAAUUAUGUAUGACUGGUCCCAAUCCCAGGAAGAAUUACAGGAAUAUUGCAGGUGUUCGGGGAUCACUUAUGCAGCCCUCAUCUCUGAUAAAGAAGGAAAUCAUGUGAAGGUAAAAUCAUUUGAGAAGGAAAGACAGGCAGAAAAAAGAAUUUUGGAGUCUGAUUUAGUGGACCAUCUAGCUCAAAAACUGAGGACCAAAUUAUGUGAUGAAAGAAGUAACAGAGAAACAUCUGAUAAUCUGCCAGUACAAAAUCUGAAAGGAUCAUUUUCUAGUACUUCAGGCCUAUUUGAGUCACAUGGAACUGUUACAAUGCCAAAUAUCUGUAUUGUUCCACCGGAAAAGUUAUCUGCAAGUGCUAGACGUCGUUAUGAAAUUCAGGUGCAAACUAAACUCCAAACCUGCUUUGCUACUCUGCAACUGAAGACAAGUGAAGUCGAAAUUUUAGCAGUAGAUCUUCCCAAAGAAACCAUAAUACACUUUUUAUCUUUAGAGUGUGAUGAAGAUGAACAGACAUUCUAUACAACUGUGAAACAACUGAUGUCACGAUUACCAAAGCAACGCUACCUUAAAUUAGUUUGUGAUGAAAUCUACAAUAUCAAAAUCGAAAAAAAAGUGCCUGUGCUUGUCCUCUAUAGUUACCGAGAUGACUACUACAAAAUUAUAUUUUAGUUAUGAAUGUUUAAUAGAAAUAAAAGUUAGAGUGAUAGUGUUCUGUCUGGAAACAAAUAUACAUGUUUCCAGCUAAGUUAAUGUGAAGGAACAUUUGCACAUUUUUGUACUGUGAAAAAUUCUUAAGUGCUAGUGCCAAGAGCAAGAUGGCUCUGGCUUGUGUGCCUCUUUGUAAGGUACCUGCCUUUCUUUAAAGCUGUAAAUUUAAAGCUGCAAUAUAUUGUACAGUAGCCUUUUUUCAAAAAAAUAAAAAUAAAGUUUUACUAUGA